GUUGUUUAUAAAUUUGUCUAGAUGUCUGGAGCCUAGAGACAGUUGGGUUGUUGUCAGUUUUAGGUUACGGUUAUUUUUUUUUCUUGUUCACAAACAAUAUCAAUAAGUUGUUCACUAAAUUUAUUAUUUAAAAAAAAAAAAAAAUUAUAUACAUCUUUGUAUUUUAAUUUUGAUUUAUUAGAUUAUUUAUAACUAUAAAAAUAUCACUAUGUCAUGUAAUGAUUUAAAAAUUCAAGACGAGGAAAGUUCGAUUGAAAAUGGAUUCGAAGAUUAUCUGCGGUUACCUGAAAUGACAUCGACUCCCAAUACCACUAAAGAAUGGUCAUAUAUAAUGCGAAGAAGUAUGCAAGAAGUAGCACCUGGUUUAUAUCUGGGUCCUUAUAGUUCGGCAAGUCGUUCUCAGUUACAAUCACUAAAAGAAAUAGGUAUUACACAUAUAAUUUGUGUAAGACAAGACAUUGAGAGUCAAUUUAUCAAGCCAAAUUUUCCUGAUGAUUUUGAAUAUUUAGUUCUCAAUAUCGCUGACACAGUUACGGAAAAUAUUAUCCAGCAUUUCCGAAGAGUAAAAGAAUUUAUAAACAAAGGAUUAAAUUCUGGAGGUCGUGUUUUGGUACACGGCAACGCUGGUAUAUCACGAUCCGCAGCAUUAGUACUAGCAUAUAUUAUGGAAAGAUAUAACUGCUCGCCUUUCCAAGCUUACACGCUGGUGCAACACAGAAGAUUUUGUAUAAAUCCCAAUGAUGGUUUCAUGGCUCAAUUACGUGAGUACGAACCUAUUUAUAAGGCACAAAGAAUGCACACUGAUAAUCGAGAUUCAAUUGUCGAGAAUCGUUGCAAGCGAACAAUUCAUCAGAUUGACACUGAACGAGCGGAAGCUAUGGAGAGUUGAUGAUUGCUUAGUAAAUUACCAAAGUUACCAAAAGACUUAUUUAUCUAGACUUUAGAUAAUCACUACCGCCUAUUUAAAAUAUUAUUUUUAAACUUUCAUACACUUUUUUUUAUUUUACUAUACAUUAAUUAAUAAUUAUUAACUGGAUAAUUAAAACUCUAGAAGUAUAAUGGUUCUAUUAAUGCAUUUAAAUAUUUUAUGAGUAUUUAGAAAACUCGUGGCGAAAAUAAGAUUUGAAUCUUAAAUUUAAAACAGAUAAGAGCGAUUGGACUUUACAUAUUGAUCUGAUUUUUUUUAAUCAAUUUUUAUUUCUAGAUUUGA